AUGGUUGGCCUUAAUUGUGAGCGUUUUGUGGACCAACUGUUGGCCAAAGAACUCAAAUGCGAUAUUUGUUUGGAUGUGGUCUCAGAGGCGGUCGACACUCAAUGCCGGCACACGUUUUGCUACCAAUGCCUCAACCAAUGGCUGUGUGGGUCGAGCGGAGGCCAAAUGUGUCCGCAAUGUCGGCGCCGAUUGACCGGCGAUUGGAGGACCAGUUCGGGCGCAGAUAAUGAGCUGAUAAUCGGUGGCAGAGUUCUGGUCGACAAGAAUCGCAAACUGAACGCAAUUGUGGGCAAAAUGACCGUCAAAUGUGACUACGAGUGGAACGGCUGCCCACAUGUCUGCCCACUGGACUCGCUGUCCGCACACAUCAAGACCUGUGCCCACCGGUUGUGCGGAACGUGCGAUCUCUCAACGGCCGGUCAGACACCGGACGGCCAUAACUGUGUUCAAGAGCUGCGCAAAGACCGGAUCCGAUAUCUCCAGAAAUACAAAGCGCUUAAAAGUGAAUGCAUUUCAUUGCGAUCGGCGACCGAAGAGUUGGCCAAACAACUGAUCCAAUCGGAAGAGUUGUGUCGGGAUUUGGCCACUGAAUGUGCGUCCAGAGCGGGUCCGAAACUUAAGCCCCGGGCCAUUGGUUACGAUACUAUUGCGAGACCUGUUUGUACGUAUAGUCACCCAAACCCACCGCCGCUGCCGUUCAUCACCGAGAACUCGAUGGUCCGCUUCGGCACCUUUCAGACAGUUGUCCACCGCUUAGUGAUCACCGAAUGGUCUGUUCGGCUGCUGAAGGUAUCGCUGAUGAACGACAUGACCCCGAUAUUCGCCGAAAUGGUCUUAUUGUAUGGCUUGACUCAGGAGUUGUUGAUCUGUCCCGACCCGGCGCUAACCAUACUGUAUCCGAUGCACCGGAAUAUAGUUAUUCUAAUACAUGACAAUAUGUCCGCAUCGGUGGCCAACCGACUGAUAGAGUGCUACGCGAGGAUCACCAGUGGAUCCAUGUUUAAGAUCAUCGACAGACAGGCGGCCCAACAGUUACUUUAUGGCGAUAUUUAGGGGGCAAUGGCUUUGGCCCGGGAGGCGAUGGAAAGGCUAAUAGUUGCUAAACUAAUUGUUUUAUUGCAUUACAAUAAUUCUAAUAUAAUAUCUUAUUUUUACAAUAGA